AUGUCCCAUCCAGUUCUUUUCAACGGCUCCCUUGGUCUAGGCCUCUUCACUGCCGGUCUUGGUUUCAACGCAUCUUUCCGACCCAAUGCCCACUUAAAGGCCCUCGAGUUCCCGAUCCCCAAAGAUCCAGAGGCCAAAAAGUUCAGUCGUGCCCUGAUGCGUAUCUGGGGUAUCCGAAAUAUCUCAGUUGGUCUCUUGAUCGCACUCAUAUGGACCACCGGUGACGAGAACCUGAUGGCAAAGGCUUUGUGUGUCUCCAUUGCUUUGCCAGUGACGGAUGGGUUUGUGAGCAAGAUUAUUAUCGGGGGUGGUGAGACUCAGCAUUGGGUAUUUCCCCCUCUGUUGGCUGUUUUUAGUGCUGGGCUAUUUGUCCAGGGCCGACUCAAGUUGCUUAUUCAAGUUACGAUGACAACAAAGCUGGGGUUUAUCCCCAUCAAGACCACACUCACAAAGCUUCCAUACCCACGAUUGGAGGACCGUAAAGUGAUAAGAACAAAACGUCUGAUCCUCAAACCAUUCUACGAAGAUGCGGCAAAAGAUCUCUUUCCUAUGCGUUCCCAGCAAGAGGUCAUGAUGUGGACGGCGCAAGGCGCUCCUGACAAGGACAUUGAGCAAACCAGAAGUUGGGCUUCAGUAAGACUACCACCACACCAUGAAACAGACUUCAGUUAUGUGGUCAGUCUUGUCGAAACUGGCCAAGUUAUCGGCGCCGGUGGUACUUAUCGACGGGCAUGUGAGCUUGGAUGGCCAGCUAUCGGAUACGCAUUUCGCAAGGAGGCUUGGGGUAAGGGUUACGCUACCGAGUUUCUAUCUGCGUUUAUGGAGGUUUGGUGGGAGUUGCCACGAAUUGAGGCUUCGAUUGAGGUUGAUCGUACAACCCUCAGCGAGGAAGAGAUCAAGGCCAGCCCUGAUCGUGCUAUUGUUGAACGAUGUGCCGCGGAGACUAUCAAAGAGAACAUUGGUAGCAAUUGUGUUUUGGCCAAGGCUGGUUUUGAGAAGGUCAAGGAAUGGAGGAAUGAAGAGAGGAAUUGGUCUAUAUAUGGAUGGACAGUCACCGCUUCCAAAGUACCUAUUCAUUAG